UAACAAUACUGAUUUUGAACUCGGAAUGACUGCGCUCACGUACGAGGUUGUCGAUGAAGGCGGCAGGGCAGCACAAUGUAACUUCUUCGUUACUGUCUUUGAUGACGAGCCUCCAGUGUUUGAUUACUGUCCAUUGAGUUUAACCGUCAUUACUGCUCCAGGCAAAGCUACUGCACGCGUCACUUGGCACGAACCUCUGGUAUCGGACAACUCACCUGAACCGAUUUCUGUUGUACCCAUCAUAAACCGAAAUGAUAGCGAAUUCAGUUUGUACCCUAACGGAUCGAUGUCCGAUACCGGAAACAACAUGGAAUUCAAUAUAGGGAUAUAUACCGUACAGUACAACGCAACAGAUGCUGCAGGCCAGGAAGCCGUCCCAUGCUUUUUUGAAAUACAUGUCAUAGACACUGAGGAACCGGUUAUAACUGGUUGCCCGCCAUCCAUGACUGUACCCACGGAUAACCGAAAGAUUCGUGCUAAAGUGUUUUGGGAUACACCAAAUGCAACUGAUAAUUCAAAUAAUGUUACAUUGACUUUCAACGAGGAACACACCUGGACGAAUCCUGACUCGUUUCCCAUCGGAUUAACCCCUCUUUCUUACACAGCCGAAGACGCCUCAGGGAAUAGCGCCACUUGCACGUUCACCAUAUCUGUCAUAGAUAAAGAGGAGCCAGUUAUACGUAACUGCCCACCUUCGAUUUCUGUACCCAUGGAAACAGGUCAGAAUUACGCUACGGUGUCGUGGAACGAACCAAAUGCAACGGACAAUUCUAAUAAUCUGAUCCUAUUAUUCAAUGGCCCCUUGAAUAAUCCUGGCAACUUUUCUGUAGGAUUCACCUCUCUUUCCUACACGUUUGAAGAUUUCUCUAACAACCAAGCGAUCUGCAUGUUCACCAUAUUAGUUAUUGAUACUGAAGAGCCGGUUAUACAAAAUUGCCCAUCCUCCCAGAGCGUUCCCAUGGGAACUGGUCAGAAUUUCGCUAGGGUAUCCUGGACUGCACCAAAUGUAACGGACAAUUCUGAUAACGUGACACUGACAUUCAAUGAGGAAGGCGACUGGAAAAAUCCUGACAAAUUUCCUGAAGGAAUUACCUCUCUUUCAUAUACAGCUGAAGAUAUAGCUGGAAAUAAAGCAACUUGCAUGUUCACCAUAUCGGUGAUUGAUAACGAAGAGCCUGUAAUAAACGAUUGCCCACUUACACAGUCUGUUAGCACGGAUCCGGGCAAGGAUUUCGCUACGGUUUCAUGGGACGAACCUACCGUGAUGGAUAACUUGGAUCAAAACAUUAACCUCACAUUCAAUGGGAAUGGGACAAAUGGCGGCAACUUUCCACUGGGAAUAACUUCCCUUUCUUAUAGAUCGAUUGAUGCCAAUGGAAACGUAGCAACAUGCAUGUUUUCAAUUGUUGUCAGUGAUAAUGAGGAACCAGUUAUAGACGACUGCCCAUCCUCUGUGACUGUUCCAACAAACAACGGACAGAAUUACUCUACGGUGUCAUGGACUUCACCAAAAGAAAAGGAUAAUUCAAACAAUGUUACACUGACAUUCAAUGAGGUAGACCGCUGGAGCAAUCCCGGUAACUUUUCCGAGGGGAGAACUCAUCUUUCCUAUACAGCUGAAGAUGCGGCAGGAAAUAGAGCUACCUGCAUGUUCACCAUAGCCGUUAUAGAUAAAGAGGAGCCAGUUAUACGUAACUGCCCACCUUCGAUGUCUGUACCCCUGGAAACAGGUCAGAAUUACGCUACGGUGUCUUGGAAGGAACCGACUGCAAUGGACAAUUCUAAUAAUGUGAUACUAACAUUCAAUGGAGCAGGCGCCUGGAAUAAUCCCGACAACUUCUCUGUAGGAAUCACCCCUCUGUCCUACAUGGCUGAAGAUUUCUCAAGCAACAAAGCGACUUGCAUGUUCACCAUAUUAGUCAUUGAUACUGAGGAGCCAGUUAUCCCAAACUGCCCAUCCUCCCAGAUUGUUCCGAUGGAAACGGGUCAGAAUUACGCUACGGUAUCCUGGACUGCACCAAAUGUAACGGACAAUUCUGAUAACGUGACACUGACAUUCAAUGAAGCCGACGCCUGGACAAAUCCUGACAACUUCCCCGAAGGGAUCACAUCUCUUUCAUACACAGCUGAAGAUAAAGCAGGAAAUAAAGCGACUUGCAUGUUCACUGUAUCAGUUAUUGAUAACGAAGAGCCUGUGAUAAACGAUUGCCCACUUACACAGUCUGUUAGCACGGAUCCAGGCCAGGAUUUCGCUACGGUAUCAUGGGACGAACCUACUGUGAUGGAUAAUUUGGAUCAAAACAUUAACCUCACAUUCAAGGGGAAUGGGACAAAUGGCGGCAACUUUCCACUGGGAAUAACUUCCCUUUCUUAUAGAGCAAUUGAUGCCCACGAAAACGUAGCAACAUGCAUGUUUUCAAUUGUUGUCAGUGAUAAUGAGGCCCCGGUCAUCACCAAUUGCCCGUCCGCUCAGACUAAAACGUCAGAGGUUGGAGCUGAAACAGCAACAGUUCAUUGGCCCGAGCCCAUUGAAUCUGAUAAUUCCGGAAAUGUGACAUUGGAUUUAAGUCAUGACAGCGGAGAUUCAUUCCCCAUAGGCCAGACGGUGGUCACAUACACAGCGCGAGAUUUAAGUGGGAACGUGGCAACAUGUACCUUCGUUAUAUUGGUAACGGCUCCACCUGGGUGUAUAAACGAUGGUGAAUGCGGAGAAGCAGAAACUUGUGUGCAGAGUGAAUGCCAAUGCGCAACCGGCUUCAUUCGACUCAACGGUGCCAACAGUACUUGUACAGCUGUGAACAUGUAUUCAAUACAAGUAACGGCCCUCGCGGAGAACGACGUCGAGUAUCAAUUCUCGGCCGAGUUGAAUGACCCCAAUUCUCCCGCUUUCCAAGAAGUCGCCAAUUCCUUCAUAGUCGUGAUGAUGGAAAACACCCAGAACAUUUAUGAUAUUCAAGUCAAUCAGAUUAUGAGCGGGAGUCUCAUUUUUUUAGCCGACGUCACCACCGAGCCUUCUACAACGAUGUCUCAACUUGAACAAGACAUUCAGAAUGCCAUUCAAACUGGAUCUGCAACGGCAGGGCCCACCACCAUAUUUUUUGUUCCCAACAACACAGUCAUAUCUGAUAUCAAUGAAUGUGCUAGCUCCACAACCAACGAUUGUUCGCCAAAUGCCGACUGCACCAACAUGGAUGGGUCUUACACCUGCACCUGUCACUAUGGUCACACUGAUUCAUCACCGACUGGAGUUGGUCCCGGUAGAGUAUGUGAAUUCACUUCCGCUGGUAGCGUGCUAGGUGUGGGCGGAUUGGUUGGGCUUGCUGUAGGAGCCUGUGUUCUUGUUGUCGUAUUCUUCUUAUGCUGUCUCAUUGCUAUAAGAAGAACGAACUUCAAAGAGGAAGCGUUGAGGAGAGAUGACCCAGUUCGUCUAUCGUCAUUUAGUCCAAGACGCGAAGGUGGUGUCUUUCGGCAUAAUAGCGACAAGGGCAAUUUCUUCCGCCCCUAUAUAGCCCCAGGUAACUCCCGGUCGGAAUACAUGUGAUGAUAAAGUGUCGUGCUCGUCUUAAAUAAUUCUUUAAAGGUUUCGUGACUUGAAAAAUGUCACCAUGAGAGAAAGUGUUGAUUAAGUGUGAAGUCCUGACCUCGUUAUAUUUUUACUAUGAAGAUAUUCUGACGUCAUAAGUAAACGGAUAAAUGAUCCAAUCGUAAGGUAAAAGUAAGUCUCCAAGCAGUGGCUCACGUGAUUCAUGGCAAGGGGGGGGGGGGCGGCUGCUGACUAUCUAGUUUUCUGAACAUCUUGGGCCCGUUGUAUAAAACUUUUUACCUGAGAAAACUCAGGUUGUUUUUACCGGAGUUU